ACGUCACUGUUGCCGGUGCCGGAAGUUGACAGACCGCGGAUCACCGUGACACAUGAAAGUCACCGGUAAAAUAACAACGGUGGUAGAGUUUUUAAUUGAAUUUUUUAAAAAAAAUGAAUAAAAGUAUUUAAGGAAACUGUUUAAUCAGCUCGGGUUUUAGUGAAGACGCAGUAUUUUCGUUAAACUGUUAGCUAACGAGGCGUUUGAAAGCCGUUUUGAAACAAACGUGGAGCACUGUAAUUACACCAGCUAGUAUUAUCUCCUAGAAUACGAAAUGUUUCUUUUUUUGCUCAGAGUUUGAGUAUUUUAGAGAUGGCACGAAGCGUCAGUCGAAUAUUCAGUGGAUUUCGGUGCUUCGGUUCUCUCCCUUUCGGGAACACCCAGCUGAAGACACAAUGUGCCAGUGUUUUAUUCAGGACCACCUCAGAGCGGACCGUGGUGCAGGUGCUGCCGUCAAUCUUUUCCCGCAAACCUCGAGACUUCAGCCUGCCCAACUCCUCAUGGGGGGAAGAGAUGAUGCGGCUGUAUAACUAUUAUAACAGCCAAAGUGAGGAGGCGACAGAAGGACAGGAGGACCAUGGGGAGCAGUGGACAAGGCUGCCGAGCUACAAUCGGUCUCUAAAGUAUGCAACAGGGGGAGUGUAUCUCAGCAAGAUAAUCCAGUCAAAGGCUCGUCUUUUCACCCGGAACAUCAGAGAUCCUGGAGCAGCAUUUGAGUACGUUGUCUUUUUCAGACAAGACAAGCAGAGGUGUGUGUGCGUCUUCCAAGCUGGACACCUGCUGGAGGGGCCACCAGGGCAUGUCCACGGGGGGGCAAUAGCCACCAUGAUCGAUACUGUUACAGGAACUCAUGCCUCUCUGCUAUCUGCACCAGUUAUGACUGCCAACCUUAACAUCAACUACCGCAGCCCCAUCCCAUUAGGAAGUACUGUGCUGAUUGAAUCUACUCUGGACAAGGAGGAAGGCAAGAAAAAGUUUAUUUUAUGUAGCGUGACCAGCACGGACGGCUCCAGAGUGCACACAGAGGCUACAGCACUGUUUGUGUCAAUCAGUGUCAGCCACCUACUGCGAGGAUGACACCAACAUGCCGAGCUGGCAUCAAGCACAGAGACCAUAACAGGCGUGUGUGUUUGAAUGUGUGUAGAAUUUACUUAGUUUGGAUUAUGGACAUAUUUUCCAGGUCAUCUUGAAGAAACCUGACUGAAUAUAUAUCUUUGUAAUACAUGCUAAUAGUAUAUGCCUUUGCAUAGAGGUCCUAAGACAAAAACUACAUAUCUGAUCUGUAUUAUUGAACAAAAUCAUAAGGUGUUAUUUACUAUAUUUUGACUUUUAGAACAACACAGGGGCCUUAAAGUUUGCUGCUUUUGCUGAGAUACAUUGUAUAAUUUCUAUCUCCAGGAAUAAUUUGUUGGAUUUAUCCGUUUUGUUGUUUUAAAGACCAAAUAUUUAACAUGUAAAGUACUGCAGCUUCGCUUGGAAGGGUUUCUCAUUUUAUUUUUGUGUGAUUGUGCUCAAGUGUUUGCAACAAAGCACUCUAAACCGCUUCAUUUAACAGAAUAUCUGCCCUGCCAGUAGCUGAAAAAUGAAACAAGAGCCGGGGUUUAGGAAGAAAGCAUGAUGGUAGCUUUUACAUUUUGUUGCCUUUCUAAUAAGCAUGAGUUUCAUGCUUCUUGUAUUACACAUUUUUUUAGCUUUGAUUGUCAGGUGUGGUUUGUUAACUGUUACUCCACCAUGUGGUGGCUGUGGUUGGUUUUGAAUGUGAAAUGUACCUCUUCAUGAGAAUAUCACAACUUAGUCAUGAAGAGACGUGGCCUUCGAAAACAAGUUCAUCACGUCGGCCAAUGCUGCUCAGGCUGGCGCUUUGAGCGCGCGCCUGCAUAUAGAAACGACUGUGGCGUGUUGCGACGAGCGGUAAAUAAAUAAUGACGUCCCCAUCACAAAGAGGCGCGCUGCUCUAUGGCAUCCACUGAAGACCACAAGCGUCUGAUUCACAGCUGGUUUCUUUGCAUGUUUAAUAUCAUAUCUGUCUGUUCUUAAUGUUACAUGGAAGACAUAAAGGCCCCUGUUUGCAUCAUGGGGCUGAUGAAUGAUUUUUAAAAACACAACAAUUAUUUUAUUAAACAGGAAUUUGUUUCAUUAUCCGGAUCCACAAAA